CACACACCAAGGCGACGCACAUACCACCACCACCGCAGUUGACCUUUCCCAGCAAGCAAAGCUGCCACCACGGGCAGGCACCACUGAGCAGCACAGGCCAGCCCAUUCAUCAAUCGCAUCACUGCAUUGCACAGGGCUGCCUCUGUGACAAACCACACCACACCAAACCCUCCCCGAGCUUACCUGCGCUUGUCAAACCCAAAUCGACGCCCCGACAGAGCUGCCUGCGUUGCUCUCGAGCAGCCAGCGCUUGCCUCUGCCCAGCCCAGCCUUCCCUUCCUGCGUGAUUUUCGCGCCCGAGCCAGUUGAGACGCCGACCAAAAUAACAGCCUCGCCCACCACCGUCGGCCUGGAGGGAGUCGCGCCGCCCAUCCAAAUCCCGGCCCCCCUGCGUCGGGCAUUGGUCGCCUGUGAGCACCCCGAACUACCACCUUGCUCGCCGCGAUCAUGUCCAGCGAAGACGCCGACCACGUCCCGUCGGCCGACACAAUCGCCGUCGUCGCCCCGGCCGCUGCGAAGCCCACCGGCCUCCACUCGCCGCCCGACAGCAACAAUGCCAUGAAGCUCGACGGCAGCGACUCGGAGCUCAGCGACCUCGAUGACACCCUUGCCGACCUCCAGCCAGACGAUGCACCUAUCCCCCCACCCCAUGCGCCCGAGGCUGAUGCCCCGGCUGAGCCUCAGCCCAACCCUGAAGACGAUGACAUCGGCCCAGUCCUCCCGGCCGAAUGGUCCGGCACCGUUCCUGUCUUCCGUCCGACCAUGGUACAGUUCCGGGACUUUAAGCGCUUUAUGGCAGAAGUCGAUUCCUAUGGCAUGAAGUCUGGAAUUAUCAAGAUCAUCCCCCCUCAGGAGUGGAAAGAUUCGCUGCCCCCGAUUGAUGAUCUUGUUAAGACUAUUCGAGUGCGAGAACCCAUCAAACAAGACAUCAUGGGAUCCAAUGGGACCUACCGUCAAGUCAACAUUCUGCACCAGCGUUCCUACAACCUUCCCCAAUGGAGACAGCUCUGUGACCAGAGUGAGCACCAGCCUCCUGCGCGCAGGGGUGAGCGUCGUGCAAACGCCGAUAAGCCCAAGCCCAAGCCCAAGCCCAAGACUAAGUCCGCGACGGCGGCGACGACGACGACGUCGACGUCUUCCGCGCAGCCUACCCGCGGCCGCAGGGCCGGCCGCCGGGGUCGCGGUCGAGGGAGGAGCGUUGCUAGCUCCAGGAACGAGUCCACCGCCGAGCCGGAGCCGCGGCCAAUGACGCCCGAGUCCCCCAAUGCCGAGGAGGACUCAGUUGCCGAUACCAUCGAGACCGAGCCGGGAAUUAAGAUUGAGGAGGAUGAGGACGAUGAGGUCUUGUCCAAUGUGCCUCGCCGCAUGGGAGGCGUCAGACAGGCCAAGCCCCAGAUCCAAUCCACUUCGGCCCGUCGCAAGUACGUCAGGCGCGAGGGCUCGGCCGUCAUUGACGAGGCCGCAUUCAAAGACUGGGACUACCACAUGGACAUUUCGGACUACACGCCGGAGCGUUGCGAGGAACUGGAGCGCACGUAUUGGAAGACUCUCACCUUUGCGCAGCCGCUCUACGGUGCUGAUCUGCCUGGUACACUGUUCCACGAAUCGACCGAUCUUUGGAACCUCAACAAGCUGCCGAACCUGCUGGAUAUCCUUGGGACAAAGGUUCCUGGAGUCAACACUGCCUACCUCUACUUGGGCAUGUGGAAGGCCACGUUCGCCUGGCACCUGGAGGACGUUGACCUCUACAGCAUCAACUACCUCCACUUCGGCGCCCCGAAGCAGUGGUACAGCAUCUCCCAAGGCGAUGCGCGCCGGUUCGAGGCGGCGAUGAGGAGCAUCUGGCCUACCGAUGCCAAGGCCUGCGACCAAUUUCUGCGCCACAAGGCCUUCUUGAUCUCCCCUGCUCACCUGCAGCAGCACUACAACAUCAAGGUGAACAAGUGCGUCUCCUACCCUGGCGAGUUCGUGGUCACGUAUCCAUACGGGUACCACUCGGGCUACAAUCUCGGCUACAACUGCGCAGAGGCUGUCAAUUUUGCCUUGGACACCUGGCUUCCAAUGGGAAAGAUCGCCAAGAAGUGCGAAUGCGCGCAGGCCCAGGACAGCGUCUGGGUUGACGUGUACGAGAUUGAGCGGAAGCUCCGCGGAGAGAGCACCGAGUACGAGGAGACGGAGGACGAGUAUGACGAUGACGACGAAGAUGAAGACAACGAUGUGGCCAUGGCCGGCCUGCCCACUCCUCCUUCGGGUAUUGUUGUACGGGUCAGGGCCCCGGGCCGCAAAAGGAAGCGAACCGGUGAUGACAUCGAGGGCCGGCCCAAGGUCAAGAAGAUUCGGCUCCGCAUCAAGUCGCAUGUGGAACCCCCGUGCUGUCUGUGCCCGAACAACAUCCCGGGCUCCGAGAUUCUGCCGACGGACGAUGGACGCAAAGCCCACCGUCUUUGUGCGCUUUAUCUUCCCGAACCGUACAUCGAGACUGUGGAUGGCCAGGACACGGUGGCCAACGUGGCCAACAUCAGCAAGGCGCGCCUGGAACUCAAGUGCUUGUACUGCCGCUCCAAGAGGGGCGCGUGCUUCCAGUGCUCUCAGAAGAAGUGCCCGAGGUCGUACCACGGCACGUGCGCCGCGGCAGCCGGCGUCUUUGUCGAGGAGGCUGAGGUGCCCAUUUUUGGUGAGGAUGGUACUGAAUACAAGGAGCAGGCCUUCGAGUUCAGCUGUCGAUUUCACCGCGUCAAGCGAGACAAGAAGCUGGACGGAUACGCGCUCGAGAGCAACGCGCGCGUCCGAGAGAGCGCGGCGGCCCUUGAGAAGGGCGCGAUAUGCCAAGUUCAAUACUACCGUGGGGAUAUUUUCGCCGGAGUAGUGGUCGAAAACAGACACGACGAAGAGACACUACUUCUGGACAUCGUUCCACACGGGUACGACAACUCGACUCACGGCAAUAGAAAGAGCAGAGGACUAACUCAGGAUAGCGACCGAGUCGAGGUGGGGUGGAAGUGGCUGUUGCUGCCCGACCCGUCCGAGUUCAGGCUGCCCAAGGCAUCGCGCAAUGCCCUGCCGAUGCCGACGUCCACAAAAGCCAAGGCCGAGAUCCACGCCACGCGCCGCAUGGGCGAGGAGCGUCCGCGCGCCGAUGACGUCUUCAUCGACGGCUUCAAGUGGGCCGAGUUCCACACGUGCGAGAAGGACGUGUGCAAGAACCCCGAGCAGGUUGCGGUUGACUUGGGCAAGGAGAUGCAUGUCUGGCACUACUUGGGCAUGGCUUCGACAGACCUGCGCGCCCAGUACACUGAGGACCCGGUGUUGCCUCGGCACAACCCCAAAAGCAACUUCCUCGAUACGAUCCCUCGGCCCCCUCCCGCGCGGCGUCCGUCUGUCCCGUCGUCAUCGGCUGAGCCGCGUAGGUCAUAUACCCCGAUCCCGCUGCCCAAACUACCGCCCGGCGCUCUCAAGACGGAGAAGCCGUAUGUGUACAAGCCGCGCAAGUCGGCCUAUGAUACCUCUUCCUUUGCCCCUCAGUCGUUUGUACCCAAGGGGGCUAUGCCUCCUCCCACUCUUCCUGCUUCCCAGCCUUCCGCUAUCCCGACAGCCGAUUCACGGUUCAAAACCUCAUCUGCACCCGCCCCCAGCCCUGCCCCGGUCGCCGCCGUCACGCCCUCGCCCAUCACGCCCAUCGCCACCCCUUCGUCUUCCCAGAAGCCCUCACUCUCACUCCUCACCUCUUCAUCUUCAGCUUCUGCAAUCUCACCUCCCAGCCAAACUCCACCGACGGCUCGCCCGGCUGUUGGAGCCCCCCUUGGCCCGCCCCCUCCAAGGACAUGGAGCAAGCCAAGUGCCGGCGUCAUCCAGAGACGGAAUUCUCUGCCUGCGUCCUCUCACAGCAGUGUUGCAAAGACUAUCGGAGUGAACAGUCAGCCCGCUCCCCGGCAGUCCAAAGUGCCACUUCCCCCGUACGUGCAGCAGCAACAGCAAAAGAUGCAACUUCAGCAACAGUUGCCGCAACAAACGUCGCAGAAGCAGACAUCACAGCAAGCCUCGCAAGCCCCAGGCGUCUCCCACAAGUACCCCUACUUCCAGGUCCAGAAUAACAGGGAUUCGUCCAAGUACCGCACCCCUUACGCCACCUGGGGCGGUUUUACGAAUGGCUACGAAGGCAGCCUGCGGUCGCAGCUGAUGAUGUCGACCUCCAAGGCGCGAGCUAGCGUCCAUCGACGCGGUAACAGUUUCACGCUUGGGGGUGGCCUCAUGGGGUUGAGCAAGCCCGCGCGUCACCUGAACUACAGCGACGGCGGCGUCGAGGACGAGCUCUCUCCUAACACCACGUUUAGGUUCCCGAAUCCCCAGCCUGAUUCGGUGCUGCAGUCGCCCUCGUCGUUGUCUCUUGAUCUCUCAGCAACGUCCCCCAUGCUGCCGGAGGCAUCACCGCCGCCGCCCUCGUACUUCCCCGAGUCAUCCCUUGGCCUGAUGGACCCGUGGGAGGCCGUGUCUCCCACGACAGCACCCAUGCACAUGCGACCCCAGUUCAGCCCUGUGUGGCAGCCCUUCAUCGGCCCUCUGGGCCCGCUGGAGUCGAUGAACAUGUUUGGCCCCUUGCCUCUGGGCUCCAUUGGCCCGAUGGGCCCGCUUGGCGCCAUUGGCCCGAUGGGUCCCGCAUCGCAAGUCGGACCGUUUGGCGGCCCGGCCGAUGUUGUAUUCACGACACCAGGUCUCACGAUGAACCCGACGACGCCUCCCCCGAUGAGCCCUCUGACGCACCACGUGCCGUCGACGCCCCCCGCAUCCCGCGGUUCCAUAUCCCACCACAUGCCCGGGACGCCCUCGGUGCCUGGCUCGCCGGCGUCAAACGCUACAUCGCAUCACCAGUCCCCAGAGGAGCAGCUUAAGCAGCAACUUCGUAGGAUUUCAGAUCCGCCGCAGUCACCGUAUCGGUUCAAGUGCUUGAGCCAACCGAGGUCGCGACAUAGAAGUCGCAGCUCUCUCAGCGGUUUCAGUCAGCUCCAGGGUCAGAUUCUGAACCUGUACCCAUCGGUGCCAAACACCAAUGUUCCCAGCAACACCUGAGACCGACCUUGCAGUCGUCAAGCCCAGCACCCACGCACACUUCCGGGACUGCUAGGCUGGGCAACGAGGCAGUUGACCUCACGACAUGGACGGCCACACUCAGGCAGUUCCUGCCAUGGCGGCCUCGACCCCGAGGCUCCCAACAAGCCAUGUCGCGCAGUAGUUGAGAGUUUAGUCACGAUCAAGACUUGAGGCUUCGACAGAACAGACGAAACGAGUGAUGACGAACGUUUUAAAGCGGAUUGGAAUGCCCAAAAGGAAUGAGAAAGACCCGAAAGGGAAUAGGAAAAGGAAUGGGAAAGACGCCGCCAUUUUCCCAACCCGCAACUUUUAAAGCGUCACGCCCGUUAACAGCCUGAUUUUCUGCAAAAAAAAAAAGCCACGCGAAACAAGACUUGCCCACGAGGCUAACGACGUUUUAUGUCUUUUCUUUUUACCAGAGGGGACGAGGAGCAGGAGGAGUUGGUGGACGGGUGAAGAGGAUGUUCCGCCAUGCUCUUUUUUGCAGCGAUGGUGGGCAGGGGAGAGGAGACGCGGGCCUCGAUGGCUUGCGAGGCACGGUGGAGGAGCCGCAUUUCUCGUUUAUUAUUUCCAAAUUCUCUUCUCACAUGUUCAACACUUUUGUACUCGGGGCUUCGGCUUUAGAUAUAUAUGGCAUUCUUGCCAUACUGAUGGAUGGAGGGAUGAACAGCACACGGGAGAAGGAUCGUCGGGCGCCACUCUUGCAUUUUGCGAGACAGGUCCCGCGUUCUUUUUUGUCCUUCUUUCUCUCGUUGGGUUGCAUGGUCUCCAACCUCGGCCACAUUUCCCCUAUUUUCCCCCCCUCUUCCCACUCUGCUCCAUGUUUCCCCUUUUAUUUUUAUUUUUUAUCUUCGUCUGAUUUCUGUUCAGGGGUAAAUGCAGUCCCUUCUCUUCGGACCGAGUCAGGCUUCGCGGAGCACACGAACAAAGAAGCCAAGGGCUAAAUUGCUCGCAGCAUUGUGGCCCCUCGUCACCCGUUGAAGCCCGGCCGACAUACGUCUGCAUCUGGCAAUGAGCGUAUCGGCGAGACGGUAGUCGCUCACGCCAACGAGUAGGGAUUUGAGGAGGUGGAAUGGACUCCAAGGUGGCGCAUCGGGCUACACAAAAGCAACCGGAGACAAACAAAAAACUACAACACACUUUUUUUCCCCCAAAAUAACCAUGGAUCGGCGCGCUCGGAGCUGGGCUUUGUUUUCUUAUUCCUGUUCUUAUUCUUUCAAGCCUCCUAGUUGACGGCUAAACGAUGGAGGAGGUGAAGGACUGGCGAAGGGAGAUACCGAGAGCCGGAUAGAUCUAGAAGAGCAGGCAAAACCGGUUGAGGAUAAGAUCGGUGCUGGUGCGGUGUUUUGGGGGCUGGUGUUGAGCCUUGCUUGUGGGGUUUGUCCUUGUCUUCCCUUCUCCUCCCCCCUCUGCACCCCAAGUCUCACCUGAGCCCGGGUGUUACCUCUCCCUCGCUGCCUUCCUCCAACGCACCCUUGUUUUACUUCAUCUCUUGACUGGCAUUUUCUCUUCGGCUUCCGAACCCGCGCGGGCAAGUGGAAGCAGAGUGCCCAGCGGGUUCCUUCUUUUGAUCAUUUUAUAUACCCCCAUCUGUUCUUUUUUUUUUGUUAUUCCGACGGAUGACAUGGAGAGAGCGAGCCCCUUUUGCGG